AUGUCAACAUUAACUAAUCAUCCAAGUUUAAUAUUAGAAUCAGCAACAAGUUCUACUUCAACUUCUUAUAAAACUUCACCAUUAUCAUCAGAAGAUAAUAAUUAUAAUCUUAAUUAUAAUAAUAUUAAUAACAAUAAUAAUAAUAACACUUUUAAUUAUAAAAUGCAAAAUAGUCAACCUAAAUUAAAACAACAACAACCUACACAAAAUGAAGAGUCAUAUAAUUCAAAUUUAUUACAAGAUCAAGCUCCAUCAAUCUAUGAUUUAAUAUCAGAUCAUGAUAAUGCAUCAAUGGAUAUUUUCAAAAUGUAUCAACAUAAAAGUUAUCUACCUCACAAUCAAAGAAUUUCAAAUAUUGCAUGGAGAAUUCAAAAUAAAAAAAUAUUAACAAAUAAUGAUAAUAAUAAUCAAAAUAAUAAUAGCAUAAAUUAUAAUAGUAACAAAUUCAAUGAUUUAAAGUCAUUACCAAAAGAUAAAAUAUCGAAUGGAGGAGUUAUUAAACCUCAAGCAAAUAGAAAUUCACCACCAUUCAAAACAAAAUCCAUUAAUUCAAGUAAUGCAACAACAUUAUCAUCAUCAAAUUCAAAAGAUAAUAACAUCAAUAACGUCAACAACAAUAACUCAUUAACUGAUCCAAAUUUAGAUGAUUUUGAUUAUGUUGCACAUAUAAGAAGAAUAAGUCAAGAAGAAUAUAAACUGGAUUUAAAUGAUUCACAAAUAAAUCAAGAUCAAAUUAAUAAUAAUAUAAGUAAUGAUAAUACAAAUUUAUUAUCAUCAUAUAUAAGUAAUUUAGAAUCGAAUUUUAAACAACCACAAUUCAAACCAUCUUUUAAUAAUCAAUCAACUACAUCAGUUUCAAUAUCAAAUAAAAAACCAUCAAUAAGUGGAUCAUCAACAACCAAUACUUCAACAAACUCAUCAGCUAAAAAAAUAUUGCAAUGUACAAAUUGUGAAACUAAAACUACACCAUUAUGGAGAAAAUCAAAUAAUGGAGAUUUAUUAUGUAAUGCAUGUGGAUUAUUUUUUAAAUUACAUGGUGUUUUAAGACCACUAAAUAAUUCAGCUGACAAAAAUAACAGUAAUAAGAAAAAAGUCAAAAAUGAUAAAAUGAUUGGUAAUACAAAUAUCAAUUUAUUAUCAAAUGAUUAUACUAAUAAUCAAACCAAAGGUCAACAGCAACAAUUACAGCGUCAACAAGCUCAACAACAUCAACAUCAGCAAAUGCCACAACAUCAACAAACUCCACAAUCAAUACAACAUCCUCAAUUUUCUCCUCAACAUCAACAACCACACCCACCUCAACAACAACAACAACAUAAUACUAAUAAUAAUCAAGAAUCUCAAAAUCAAGAUGAAAUAGAUAAAUUAUUAAAUUUGAAUUUAUUUCAAUCAGAUUUUACAUCAAAUGGUAACUCAAAUGAAAUCUUGUUUCAAGAAUAUUCACCAAAUAAUUUUUUAUCAAUGGAAUCACAACAACAAAAUAGUUUUACACCAAAUAAUCAAAUGAUGUUUCAUCAUCAAUCUCCUCAUCAUCUCCAACAACAACAUCAUAUUCAUAAUCAUCAUAAUCAACAUCAACAUCAUGAUGAAAUGGAUUUAUUAGAUCCAAAUGGUUUACCACCAUCUUCAAAUUUAACAGUUGGUGAUUCAAUGCAUAACUCCACAAAUAGUAACACGAAUGAUAAUUGGAAUUGGUUACAAUUUUAG